AGUGACAGUGUAUGAAGGAGACACUCUGAGCCUUCAACGCAUCAGUCGCACGGAGAUGGGCGCGUACCUCUGCAUCGCCACCAAUGCGGUCCCGCCUUCUGUCUCCAAGAGGAUCAUCGUUGAUGUUGAAUUUUCCCCAAUGAUCUGGGUGCCCAACCAGCUGGUGGGCGCUCCAGCCGGUACCGAUGUCACAGUGGACUGUCACACAGAGGCGCACCCGCGCGCCAUCUCUUAUUGGGUGUAUGACAACGUUAUGGUACUGCCCACCAAGAAGUACGCCAUCAAUACUGAGGAGAACUCAUACAGAGCCCACAUGAAGCUGACAGUCCGCAAUCUACAAACGGGGGACUUUGGCAACUAUAGGUGCAUCUCUAAAAAUUCCCUCGGGGAGACCGAGGGUUCAAUCCGUCUGUACGAAAUCCCAAUGCCGUCGACGUCGCCGAAGGCAACGGAAAUGAAAAGCAAUGCCAACAAAGAGAGUAAGUUCUUAUUUAUAUCUUUAGGUACAUUACAGUACAUACAUUUGUACUUUGUCAAUUUUUAUACAUUUCCAACUAUAACGUUUUGUAAUAAAGUAAAAAUCUGUUAAGAUUUAGAAACGCAAUAUGCCAAAUUUUUA